AAUUGAGUCAGACUUCAGCUCAGUUUACCGGAAAGUCGAGACUUCCAAAAGAAGAAUGACGGCCGGGUAAAGCAACAGAUAAGAUGGGUCUAAGGAAUCUGUCAGCUGUCAAACCUGCCCUCUAGACUGCUCUCGACUGUUUUAAAUGUUAUUUCCACGUGCUUUGCUAUAACUGACACCCACUUCUCGUCGUUAUACGCGUUAAAUUGACAGCAGUUGUGCUGUAGGAAGGAAGCGGGAGAGGAAGAGACUGGGCACUACUGGCCAAUAAACACACUCAACGGGAAGUUUACUUAAUAGGGCAAGAUUGUUUUCCAGCAUACUUGAUAGGGCACAUAAAUGCUCGUAAUCUAAACAUCUAACCUGUUAGAAGUAUUUAUAUUAAUCAGAGAUAUCAAAGACUAUGUGAAGUCGUUAUUGUUUGAAUAUUAAUGGUUGUUGUCAGUUGAAAGGUUUGUUGUCCUCGAUUAAGUUAUAAUCGAUCAUGGCUACAGAUGUAAUAGCGACUGAAGAAGUCUCAAACCAGAGAGACUCGAGUGAUCUGAACGCCAACAAAAGUAAUCCCGAAUCAGACACACCCAGCCGGACAUCUGAGACGCAAGAAAACAGAAACAUAAGUCUUAGCGCGUUAUCGUUAUCAUCAUCAUCGGCUCAUUCUGGGGAAGAUUCAGGGAAUGCUCCUCUGAAGAACGGAGGCAGAACAGGAGACCCGCCCGUGGAAGCAGCGACUCCAGACAAUAGACAAAAACCAGACAUGAGGACUUCAGCUCCCGUGAGAGAGCCGCACACACUCUCCUCUCCUGCUGAACACAACGGAAGUUUUGAGCGCCAGGAGUCGGUUGCUACCACAGAAGCGCAGCUGAGAUUGGAGGGGGUUGAGCUAAAGGAGGAGUGGCAAGAUGAGGACUUCCCCAGGCCACUCCCAGAAGAGGGAGAUAUGCAUCUCGAUGAGGAGCUUUUCACCAGCUCUUCUGGUGAAGGAGCACCUGCUUCACAGUCUUACAGACUAAACAGUGCAAGAAAAAACAAAAAGAAGCUUUUGGCUCCAGACAUCAGCCUCGACCUAGACCACAGCGAGGGUUCGGUCCUGUCAGAUGAGCUGGAUGAGAGUACAGAACUGGACCUGGAUGAUAUAGACACCUCUUCAGACAACAGCAACGAGUUCGAGUGGGAAGAUGACCUCCCAAAACCCAAAAAUGCAGACCUGUUGCGUAAAGGAGUGGAGUCAGUGCAGGAGUUCACCAGCACGGAGGAACGGGAGGAGGGCCGUCGCUGGAGAGUCUUCCGCAUCGGAGAGCAGGAGCACCGGGUAGACAUGAAGGCCAUUGAGCCCUACAAGAGGGUUAUCAGCCAUGGAGGUUACUAUGGCGAUGGAUUGAAUGCCAUCAUCGUCUUUGCUGUUUGCUUUAUGCCUGAGAGCAAUCAACCAAAUUACAGAUACAUCAUGGACAAUCUUUUCAAGUAUGUCAUAGGAACUCUAGAGCUGCUUGUAGCUGAGAACUACAUGAUUGUAUACCUGAAUGGAGCCACUUCACGCCGAAAGAUGCCCAGUGUGGGCUGGCUCAGAAAGUGCUAUCAGCAAAUAGAUCGAAGGUUAAGGAAGAAUUUGAAAUCAUUGAUAAUUGUGCACCCGUCCUGGUUUAUUCGCACCCUCCUAACUCUCACAAAACCUUUUAUAAGCUCAAAAUUUAGCCAGAAAAUCAAGUAUGUGUACAGCUUGACAGACUUGGCUGAGCUUGUCCCGAUGGAGUAUGUUUCCAUACCAGACUGCAUUAAACAGUUUGACGAAGAAAAAAAUAGGAAAAAACAUAAAAGGAUUGACCAGAACAUGCGUGGGAAGGUAGAGAUCGCCACCACUGCAGUGCCAGAAUGAGUCAGAGGGGCUGAAGAGAAUGUAUGGGGCUUCUUUUAGCUGGAGAAUACAAGAUCUUGAUGUCAGAAAAGUGCCUUUUAAAGGAAUAGUUCACCAUAAAAUGAAAAUUCGGCCAUCAUUUACUUGCUCUCAUGAUAUUUAAAACCCAUAUG